AUGUUUCGUGUAACAUGUGCUGUUCUCUCUCGAUUAUCACCGUCCAAUUCAUCUCAUCAGUGUUACUGUAUGAGGAAAUGUUUUCUUCAUGCUACUAAUUCACUACGCUUAACAGCUAUUGACAGUGAGAAUGUCAAUGAUAAAAAAAAAGCAGUGCGAAGUGACGAUUUGAAAGUGGAUAUGGCAGAUUUAGAAGAGGCUUUAAAAAGAGAUGAAAAAAAAGAGUCAAUAAAUCAUAAGGAAACCAUCCUAAAGUUAAGGGAGCAGAAGAAAGCAAUUCGAGAAAUUUUCACAGGAAAACUGGCUAUGAUUAUUGUUGGUGUCAGUGUUAUUUUAGUUAUCAUCUUAUCAGGUUUGCGAGAAAAGAAAAUGAGAGAACUAGAGAGCGAAAGGAAGCAGACUAUCGGUAAAGCUCGAAUUGGUGGUCCAUGGGAAUUAGUUGAUGUGAAUGGUGAGUUAGGGGGUUCCGAACGGCUUAAAGGAAAUUGGCUUUUGUUGUAUUUUGGUUUCACACAUUGCCCUGAUGUCUGUCCAGAUUCUAUUGAAAAAAUGGUUGAGGUUGUGGAAAUCCUUGAAAAAAGUGAAGAAAAAAUCAGAGUAAUCCCAGUUUUUAUAUCAGUAGAUCCUGAACGUGACACAGUUGAACGAGUGAAGAAGUACUGCGCAGAAUUUUCUCCCAAAAUAAAAGGCUACACUGGUUCAAAGGAGCAAGUCGCCAAAGUGGCAAAGGCAUUUCGCGUCUACUACAGCCAAGGGCCUAAAAUAGACGGAAAUGAUUAUAUUGUUGACCACACUGUCAUCAUGUAUCUAAUGGAUCCAGAUGGUGAUUUUCAUGAUUAUUAUGGCCAGAAUCGUUCUGCUCAGGAGAUAGCGAAGGUUAUUAAACUUAAGGUUUUCAAGCGUGAAAUGUUAGAAAAUAAGAAAAAAAGAUGGUUUUGA